ACCUUUGAGACUAGCUGUGAGCAGUGUGCCACCUACUGGCCCAGGGUCCUGACUGCAGAAUUCCACUCUCUACGAAAUGACUGUCGGGUCUACAAAGAAUUCGAGAUAAAGGAGCAUGACGUCACUGUUCGGACGCUGCGCAUAAAACCUCACGGGGAACGCAAGUCUUGGAAAGUUGUGCAGAUCCAUUUCCACAAGUGGUCGGAGGCCGAUCAUCUAAACGCGGAGCGCCUAUAUCAUGCCCUACGCGUAUGCCAUGAUCACGGAUACAGACCAAAGGUGGACAGAUCGAAAGGGCCGAUAACAGUUCAUGGCAGCACGGGGAUUGGCCGAGCAGCCGUCUUCAUUAACGCACAGUUUCUGCUCGAUCGACUACAUCAUGCACCUGCAUCGCUCGACGUCUUUGGUACGGUCCUGGCCACCAGAAGAUAUCGUCCAAAUAUGGUGAAAACACUGGUGAGGCGUGUUUGCAGGCUUGCCGUCCUUUUCAUUGUAUCCAUCCAAGUUGAAGGCUGCCACUGCAUUACAAAAUAUCCUGCUGACAAUUAA